CCAGCAAAAGCGACUCCAGACGAGGCCGAUGGAGGAUCCCGACAACCGGACCGAAGUGGUCCUGCUGGCCUGCGGCUCCUUUAAUCCCAUCACCAACAUGCACCUUCGGCUCUUCGAGCUGGCAAGGGAUCACCUGCAGGAGACAGGGAAAUACAAAGUGGUGAAAGGGAUCGUUUCCCCCGUGGGGGACGCCUAUCUGAAGAAGAGCCUGAUCAGCGCCCGUCACCGGGUGGCCAUGGCGAGACUCGCGACCGAAAACUCGGACUGGCUGGAAGUGGACGACUGGGAGAGCAGCCAGGCAGAGUGGCAAGAAACCAUCAAAGUCCUCAGAUAUCACCAGCAGAAGCUGAAGCCCUCAUGUCCUGCCAACAGCGUUGAAGACGCUCACCUUCCAAGCAGAGCAAGCCGGAAGAGAAAGCGGGCAGCAGGCAGCCAGCUCCCCAUUAGAAUGAAUCAACCCAAACGGAAAU